CUAACCAGUAGUCUCGGUAUAAAGAACCAAUAGUCUCGGUAUAAAGAACCAAUAGUUUCGGUAUAAAGAACCCGUUGUUUCGGUAUAAAGAACCCGUUGUUUCGGGAUAAAGAACUUAACCCAGGGUAGGAAAAGCGCAGAGGUAGAGUGAGUGCAUCACGGGUGUGAUGCAUGAACGGAAGGAGCGUGAGUGAGUGCAAGAAGGAAGGGAUGGGGAGGAAGAGGCAAACGCGUCCUCGGAGCUAGGGGAAGAGAUAAGCAUCGAUAGGACAUGGAGAUGUGGGCUCAGGAAGGAGCUGAAUACGAGGGGUUUUUGGAGACCUGGCGACCCUUUGUCCAGGCGCGAAAUCUUCUCUCUGCCGUCGAAGUGGUGCUUGACAUAGGCAGCACAUCUUAUUCUUAGGAAAUUCUCUGCUCUCGUCCAAUCGCUAAGGCGUUCCCACCGCUAGGGCUGUCGUUCAAACCAACCACGGAAGGGCAUUCCAAAUAGACUCGACAUUUAUCCAGGAAGAAAGACCCGACCAGGUGGAUCUUACACUAUGUGACGGGCCGUAGUUGCUCGAUUGACAUUCCCUAUACCGAUUCUGCCUUGUGAUACUGAUCAACGCAUAGCAUGCAUCAAAAGCUCUUUCUCGGGAUUCAGUAUAGGGUAUAUCCUGAUCUAUCUUCUGUUAGGUUCUUAUUAGUAGGAUUAGGAAAAACGAGUACCAUCUUAUCUUUCUUACUAGAAAUAGAUCUUAUUUCUUAUAUCUCUCUUAUAUAAGAUAAAAGAUAGAGAUAUGUUGAAAAAGCGGGAGUGAGUGCAUCACGGGUGUGAUGCAUGAACGGAAGGAGCGAGAGUGGGUGCAAGAACGAUGGGGAGAGAAAAGCACAGAGGUUAGGUGCACGACGGGUAGGAACGAAAGGAAGAAAGGAGAGGAAUGAAAUAUACUCGACUGAAAGGAGAGGUAGGAGGUAGAGGUAGAAGGGCGAGUGUUAGGUAGAGGUUACGUGUUAAAGCACUGAGGGUAGGAACGAAAGGAUAGGAUUUUUCUACCCUUCCUCCCCACCAGUCGUCUUUGCCCCGGUCUAGUCGCUCCUUGACUCCGUUGCGGAACCAGGUGAAGGCCGAACCUGAGAAUCCGUCAUCCAAUAGCCCUGAGUCAUUAAUGCAAUCUUGAAAAUCCCUCACCCGACUCGAGUCAAAGUGCGCUCCCCACGGCCUUCUCUGAAUUAUUAAGUAUAGAGUGAAAAUCGCCCGUGAGCAUCCACGGCGUGUUGAUGAAGGAGAGAAUCUUCUCUUGCUCUGGAAGUUGUCUGAUCGAGGUAUUGAUCGUAGUACUCGAUCUCCAGUGGUAGGGAACCACUCUCUUUUCUUACGUUCAUCAUGCUGAUGCGUCCUCUUCCCCCCACCGCGUCUACCAUUAUUAGCUUUUGGUCAAACCCCAUGCAACCAACAACUUUGAGAGCCACUGAUACGGGGUUACAUGAUUAUAAAAAUGUUAGGCCGAAACUUCCUGACAUACACCUUGAACACACGUAGAAAAACAAUUACUGCCAGCACCCUGGCAAUUGCAAGAGAAUAUACUAAAGUCCAUUAACACAAAGGUAUAUGGAGCCAAGAGCACACCCUUGAUUACUGAUCACGUAGCUGGGCCUCAUUAGAGGCAUGCAGCUGUGCUAUCUGCGUCUCCCCAUCUACGGGAAUGAAUACUGGGACUCAGGGAUGAAAGGAUAUCUGAUCCUCUGUUACGAUUCCUUGAUUUAUCUGGGGGUUUGGGCUGGUUGCCCACGUCAGUCGCCACAUUCACCUCAUGCAUCUGCUCCUCUUACGCUUGCUCUUUCUACACAGCUAUCUUCCUUCUAUUGACUGAAGCACGUCAAGCCCUGGCAGCAGCCAGCGUCUUAUUAUUAUGGGGUCCCUGGGUUACCCAUUUUCCAUCGUUGCACAUCAACUGAUCUCUCUUGGACGUUCUAAGUACUCGAUUUCAUCCCUUUUUCUCGCAGUCUUAUCUGGUGCCUUCUCGUUUGUAACCCGACUUGCUCGCUGUCCCUUUGGCUUACUUUUAGCCUGAUUUUCCACUCUUCGAUAUUCCUUUCGCAACACCUUCUCCACGGGAGAUUUGCUUUCCCUUGAAUGCCCGACUGAUGAACAGCCACUUUAUGAGCCAUUUCCUUAGGUGCAACGGUGUGGUGUGACCCAGAAACCUUCAUACAGGACAGCGAAGCGGGACACAGAGGUAGAGUUUAAGGGCGAGAGCGAGUGCAAGAAGGAAGCAAUGGGGAGAGAAAAAGCACAGAGGGUAGGAAAAAAACACGGAGGUUAUGUCUUAGGGGCGAGGUGGAGCGUAAGGGGCGAGAGUGUGUCGGGAUUCGGGACCCACAGAUAGAAGGGAGAAGAAAGAAGGCUUAGAGGCAGGACACCGAGGUAAAGGUAGAAUCUUAGUCUGUUGAUCUAUAUCCCGUGCUUCCGUCUUACUUUUCUGUAACACCCUACCCUAUACGGUUUGCCUAAUCAUAUUGUUCAUACAAUUGCAGCAGAAUUAAACUUGGGUGUUACAUUAAUUAUCAAAAUUUACCUAAAUAAAAUUUCGACAUGAAUUACUCGCGUAAUGGGCUAACAGUUCUUGCAACUUAUCCUGCAAAAUAAUUCAUCACAAACAUAUAUACUCACAACCAUAUGCAUUGGCUUUUCUUAGCCAUAGUCACACUUUUCAUAUUCCACAACUGCAUACCAUACUUAUACAUACCAUAAUCGUCACAACUUACACAGUUACACAACAUAUACACAUAUCAUUAACUUUCCACACCUGUGGAUAUCUCACACUACAUCAGAAGUUAGUAUGCACAUGAAAAACGUUCUCAAAACAUUCUUUUACAAAAAGGUGUGGAUCACUGGCCAAAAUCCCGAGUAGUAGUCCAAGCACAUAAUGGUUGAAGACCAUACCUCAUCUUGCCUUCAACUCUUGCUCAGCUCCCACCUAUACACCUAUCUACUGCUGUUGUUGAUGAUCUGCUUACACAUAGCAUAAGCAGAGAAGAAGAAUAAAAGAGGGUCAGCUCAUAGCUGAGUGAGAUAAUCAUAGCAUCGUGAGUUCAUAACAGAGCAUACCCCUAUCAUACAUCUAACAAUCAAGCCAAAAUACUAGGAUCGGUCCUCAGCCAUCCUCAUAUCCCAAUAGGCAAAAGACUCAACCACUUUGACUUAUGCAUAUGCAUCUUAUCAUGUUUUAAUCAUAGGCGCCUGGCUACUCCCAUGCUAAUAACUCUCCCGGGAAACAUACCCCACAUCCCGUCGGAUGUAGUCAUACAUACCCAAACAUCCCGUCGGAUGUGGUCAUACAUACCCCACACCACUAUGGGUGUAGUCAUACGCCGACACCACUCUGGGUGUGGUCAUAUCUCGUAAGAAUUCUUCAGUCACCACCACAUGAGAGGUGUGACUAUCAUACAUAUCAUAAUAGAGUAAUAGCAUAGGG